CAAAGGCAAGAUCUGUCACUGUUACACUCAUUGGCUGGAAGACGAUCAGAAACAAUGUUAAAUGCACCAAGAGAUAAACUGAAGUCAGAGUAGACUACAGGGCGUCGUGAGGAUUAUAGUGAAGAUUUCUGUGCCAUGAGAGCGGUUUUCAACAGUUGACGUGACCGGAGAAUUGAAAAAGGAAAACGUUUCAUUUUGAUCAUAUCAAAAAUAUCGGCACAUCCACCUUCAUCGGACGUUUUGGAUUUAUUCGGCGUUAAGCAGAGAAGACAGUGCUGAUAUUUUUUAUUCCUGAUGCAGGAUGCAAAAGCACACUAGGUCCAACUGGACUGGAUUACGGGAUUACUGGACUGAUUAUAGAACAAUUAUCGGGCAAAAGUCGCCGUCGCUCUCCAGAUGCUCUUGAAUGACAGGGGAUAUAGACCUUGUCCCGACUAAACGUUAUAUGCGUUCCUUUAUGGCUCAGUUCUUGAAGCUACGAGUACCUUUAUAAAAUCUAGAUGCAACAGUGUGUCGCUAGAGUAAAAGUAAAUUGUGAUGUGACCAGCAUAGUCUAAACCGCUUUUUUUGCUGCAGGAACGGGUAUGUCCGUGUACUGUAGGUAUAGAUGUCGCAUGGGGGCAUUGCGCUUUUGUACUGUCUAACCUUCACCAUAGAGGGGUGAUUUUAAAACGCGUGUAAUAUCGCAACAGGGGCAAACCAUGCACGCUUUAAAAUCGGAAUGUUUUAUUUACCAGACAGGAAAAUGAUAUGUUAAAAAUUGUAUUGUCUCAAUGCGCAUGAUGUCUUUGGGCGUUCAUCGUUGUUUACAGAAAGAGUUCAUCAUUUUAGCUGAUAGUCAUGUGAGGGAGGUUAGAAGGACAGCAUAAAACGAGAAAGGAUUGACUUAUAGGAAAUCGAUUAAAUAACCCAUCCGUCGCUCUGCAUACAAACCACCUGUCUAGUGUUAUUGUAGUCUUACUGGUUCGCUGAAGAAAUCAACAGGUUGGAAGUUAAAGGGGGAUUUUUUACACCCGCAUAUUUAGUAGGCUAAAGGGAUGCGUCUUUCUGUCAUAUUUUUCCUUUUCUUGUGGGCUAAAGCCCUGACAUUGAAAAAUCUAAAUUAUUCUGUCCCGGAAGAGCAAGGACCUGGCACUGUAAUAGGUAACAUAGCCAAGGAUGCCGGAUAUGGACCGAUGGAAAGGGGGAAAAAAUCAAACUUUAGGAUAUUGGAGAAUUCCGCUCCACAUCUGGUAGAUGUGGACCCGGAGAGUGGGCUGCUCUUCACUAAACAACGGAUUGACAGGGAGACAUUGUGCAGGCGCAACCCCAAAUGUCAGCUCUCUAUGGAAGUGUUUGCCAACGACAAGGAAAUAUGCAUGAUCAAGAUUGAUAUAGAGGACAUCAACGACAAUUCACCAAGUUUUCCUUCAGAUCACAUCAAUAUUGAUAUUUCAGAAAAUGCAGCAGCUGGCACGCGAUUUCCCCUAACAAUUGCGCACGACUCAGAUUCUGGGGAAAACGGGAUUAAGACUUAUCAGGUCACAAGAGAUGAUUACAAUACAUUUUCUUUGGAUUUGAAAAUUAGAGGAGAUGGGACUAUAUAUCCAGAACUCGUCGUUCAGAGACCAUUAGACAGGGAGGACCAGAGUCAUCACACACUCCUUUUGACAGCUAUUGAUGGAGGGGAAUAUCCAAGAUCAGGGUCCAUGCAAAUAAAUGUGAGAGUUACUGAUUCAAAUGAUAACAGCCCAGUCUUUGAAAAACCCUCCUAUGUCCUGGAGAUCCCUGAAAACUCACCACCUGGAAAAAUAUUGAUAGAUUUAAAUGCAACAGACCAAGACGAAGGCAGCAAUGGGCAGGUGGUCUAUUCCUUCAGUGGGUAUGCAUCAGAGCGAAUGCAGGAGUUGUUCUCCAUUGACCCCAACACUGGUGUCAUAAAGAUUCAAGGAGAAAUAGACUAUGAGGAGAACCCAAUUAUUGAAUUUGAUGUGCAGGCUAAGGACCUCGGGCCAAACCCCAUUCCUGGCCAUUGUAAAAUCACUGUCAAAGUACUAGACAAGAAUGAUAACUGGCCAAUUAUAAGUUUUGUGUCUGUCCGUCAGGGAGCCAUCAGCGAAGCAGCCCCUCCAGAAUCUGUCAUUGCUCUGGUGAGAGUCACAGACAAAGACUCUGGGAGGAAUGGUCAACUCCAGUGCAGAGUGCUGGGAAAUGUACCCUUCAGAUUGCAAGAAAACAAUGAUAAUUUUUACACUCUUCUAACUGAUAGACCGCUGGACAGGGAAAUGAAAGAUGAAUAUAACAUUACAAUAGUGGCCAGGGACAAUGGAAUACCUUCCUUAAAUUACACAAAAUCCUUUACGGUCAAAAUAUUGGAUGAAAAUGACAAUGCACCUCGUUUUACCAAGACAGUAUAUGUGCUUCAGGUGCCAGAGAACAACAUCCCAGGGGAGUAUUUAGGUUCUGUUCUGGCUCAUGAUCCCGACAUAGGUAGAAAUGGAACCGUGUCUUAUUCCAUCUUGCCUUCACAUAUUGGGGAUGUGUCAGUCUAUACCUAUGUGUCCGUCAAUCCUACCAAUGGAGCCAUAUACGCCUCGAGAUCUUUCAACUACGAGCAAACGAAGUUCUUUGAGUUCAAAGUUCAAGCUAAAGAUGCAGGGUCUCCUCACAUGGAGAGCACCGCCACAGUCAGGGUCAGUGUCCUAGACGUCAACGACAAUCUCCCAGUAAUCACACUACCCCUCCUUCAAAACGACACGGCUGAAAUCGUUGUCCCCCGAAACGUGGGCAUGGGCUACAUCGUGACCACGGUCAAAGCCAUGGACCACGACCACGGGGAGAGCGGUCGCCUGACCUACGAGAUCUGGGAGGGCAACGAGGAUAACCUGUUUGAGAUUGACCCCGUGUCUGGGGAGAUCCGAACAAUCAACCCAGUGUGGGAGGCGGUGACCACCUUGGUGGAGCUGGUUGUGAAGGUAACAGACCAUGGCAAGCCUCCCCUGUCUGCUGUGGCUAAGUUGAUCAUUAGGGCCAACCCGGGAGCCAUAGCAGCAGGGGACUCAGGUGCCAUCAGGGAGCCACAACCAUGGGACGUGUCCCUGCCCCUCAUAGUUACCCUGUGCAUCAUCUCUGUCAUGCUGCUGGCCGUCAUGACCGCCAUCGCCGUCAAGUCCAAACAUCAGGAUAAGGAGGCCGGGAAUUACAACUGCCGCACGGCAGAGUUCGCCAACCCUCCGAUGGGCAAGGGGAAGAAGAAGAGGAUCAACAAGAGUGACAUCAUGCUGGUGCAGAGCGAGAUGGAGGAGAGGGACUCGUUGAGCAGGAUGAACGUGGUGAGCAGUCCCUCCCUCAUCACCUCGCCCAUCUGCUUUGAUUACCAGAGCCCCUUGCCCCUCACUCUGCCCAGAUCUGAGGUCCUGUACUUGAAGACCACCCCAAACAGCUUGACUGUCCCUCGGGCUGGAUGCCACUCGAGCUUUGCUGGACUCAGCACAGAAACUCCAGGGAACAGGAUGUCAGUGAUACAGACAGAUAAUUUUCCCUCCGAGCCCAAUUAUGUAGGCAGCAGGCAGCCUUUUGUUCCAAGCAGCUCCACAUUUAAGGAUGCAGAGCGAGCAAGCCUCCGAGACAGUGGCCAUGGUGAUAGUGACCAGGCUGAUAGUGACCAGGAUACUAAUAAAGGCUCACACUGCGACACGUCUGCCAGGGAGGCCCUCAAGAUGAAAGCAACAGCAGUUAAUGGCCAGCCUCUCGAACAGGGGCAAGACAAAUCAGUCCACUGCACAGAUGAAUGUCUUGCACUGGGACAUUCUGACAGCUGUUGGAUGCCAAAGUUACGGGUAGGAAGCCAAGCAGACAGCGCCGAUAAUCGCACCAACCUUUUCAUCCCUGUGGGAAUGGAGGCCAUGGUGGAGACAGAGAUUUAUGGCACCAUCAACCGCAGCGGCAGAAAAACCCUCAGCACGUUUGGGAAAGAACAGCGGGACAGUACCAUCCUCGUGGCCAAUGUCAAGCCCUACUUUAAAACCCAGCGUGCUCUCAGCCCACCGCUGCAGGAGAGCCCUUCUGUGUCCAGUAGCCCCACCAAGAUGAGCACCCCCCUGGACUCCCCCAGCAAGGAGCCCGGACAGGGGAGGGAGGGGGGCUCGGACAGCAGUGCCUACGGACCGCCGGAUGGCCAGUGUUCCCCGCCGCACACAGAACUGGAGGAGCCCUCCUACCUGACCUGCCAGGUCCUCAGGCCCAAGUCUCUGUCCAGCAGCCUUAUCCACAGCUCUGUCAUCAGCCAGGAGUGUGGCGCCAUGGAGUACGUUUUCGACCAGCGGGACUCUGCCAACUGACAGAUCACCUGACCUAGCUCCCUCCCGCCCCCUUCUAGUGGUGUGGCAAUCAUAUCACAGAUGGAUGGAUGGCAGAGGGGUGGUGUUUUUAACCCUGGUAAGGUUCCAGUC